GCCGGGAGGGGCGGAAGGUUCUGGAGGGCUGGCGGGAUCUGGAAGCUUCCGCCGGACGGGUAUAUAGAGUCCGGGACGGGGCAGCUGCGGAGCCGGAGGCGGCGACAGCUGGGCGGCGGUGGCCAUGGGCAAGGACUAUUACCAGACGCUGGGCUUGGCCCGCGGCGCGUCCGACGACGAGAUCAAGCGAGCCUACCGCCGCCAGGCGCUGCGCUACCACCCCGACAAGAACAAGGAGCCCGGCGCCGAGGAGAAGUUCAAGGAGAUCGCCGAGGCCUACGAUGUGCUCAGCGACCCGCGCAAGCGCGAGAUUUUCGACCGCUACGGAGAGGAAGGCCUAAAGGGUGGUGGCCCCAGUGUUGGUAACAGUGGUGGUGCUAAUGGUACCUCUUUCAGCUACACAUUCCAUGGAGACCCUCAUGCCAUGUUUGCUGAGUUCUUCGGUGGCAGAAACCCCUUUGAUACCUUUUUCGGGCAGCGCAACGGGGAGGAAGGCAUGGACAUCGAUGAUCCGUUCUCUGCCUUUCCCAUGGGUAUGGGUGGCUUCACCAAUGUGAACUUUGGACGCACCCGCCCUGCCCAAGAGCCCUCCCGAAAGAAGCAAGAUCCCCCAGUCACCCACGACCUCCGGGUCUCCCUUGAAGAGAUCUACAGCGGCUGUACCAAGAAAAUGAAAAUCUCCCACAAGCGACUGAACCCUGAUGGAAAGAGCAUUCGAAAUGAAGAUAAGAUCCUGACCAUCGAAGUGAAGAGGGGCUGGAAAGAAGGGACCAAAAUCACAUUUCCCAAGGAAGGGGACCAGACCUCCAACAACAUUCCAGCUGACAUCGUCUUUGUUUUAAAGGACAAGCCACACAAUAUCUUCAAGAGAGAUGGUUCCGAUGUCAUCUAUCCAGCCAGGAUUAGCCUUCGGGAGGCUCUCUGUGGUUGCACUGUGAACGUUCCCACUCUGGACGGCAGGACCAUCCCUAAGGCCUGCCUCUCCCCAAAACACCUGAAAAACGUGGGGACCUUGUUAUUGAGUUUGAAGUCAUCUUCCCCGAAAGGAUUCCCCUGGCAUCCAGAACCCUCCUGGAGCAGGUUCUUCCCAUCUAGCCGCCUGCAUUCCCCGAGGACUGAGCAGGGACUUUUCCAGACCUUUCACUGGUUGCAUACUGCGGGAGGGCCCAGGGAGGGCUUCUGCUCUGCCGAAUGUUUUCCACAGAAUAUAUUACAAUCUUUCAAAGUCGCACACUAGACUACAGUGAUUUUUUGAGCGAUAGGCAGGCGGUGGGAACAGCAGCCCUCCUGGAAUGGAGCCACCCUCUGCACCCCAGCUCCUGCCCGAGGGUAUGAGGCAGGCCUGUGACUGGAUUCACCCCUUUGCUGUCCUUUAGUUUCUGGCUGCCAUCUCGGGUACCAGACCCUGUGCACUAGUCAGUCUCCACUGUGUGAGAGGUUCUUGUUUUCUUCUGUAUUUGUCCCAAGCCUUGUUUCUCCCCAGAAGAAUCCUGUCUUGUCUUGGCCAUCUCAAAUUGAGAGCAAUUCAGUAGGACUGCCAGGCCAGCAUCACAAGCAAUACCUGGUGACAGGGCCACGGGGCCAACCUCAGGUGGGCAAGUCUCACUGCCACCUCCUCCAGGUUUGAGACUUGAACGACCAGGAAAUUCCUGGACUUCUGGCUCUGUUGAAGUCAGCUGGUUGGCUUAUGUCACGGUGUUUGUCGGCCCAAAGGUAGUCCUUGGCCAUACCUGGGACUUCAGAGACCCAGGUGAUUUUUUGUGUGUGUGUAAUGGACUCUGAACUCUCAAAAGGAUACAUUCCUUUUGAAUUUUGCACAGCCCGAAAUAUAAUCCCUUUAUAUAAAAGGGUCUUUGCUUCUGAUGAAAGGAGCACUGUGGAACGUCUGUAAAUGUUUUUAUAAUUCCAUUCGAAGCUGGUGUGCACUCAGAUGAACGCAGUCCCUGUCAACUACUGCUGUCCAGGGCUGUGAUGGAAGCAGACCUGGGAGUGAAGGUGUCUGUUCUUUGAAGCUAGCCCAGUGCUCUGACAUUUGACUCAUUGUAAGUUGCCACUACGAACACGAGACCAAAGUGUGUGACUUGUCAUUAUGCAGUGUGACAGCAUUAAAGACUGAUGCUAAACCUCA